AUGAGUGACGUUAAAGCUGCCGAUGAGUCAACCGUGAGACGCAACUCGUAUACCUCUGUCGAGUUCACUCCUGAAGUGGCAAAACAGUGUUUGAAACAGCUUGAAUUCUACUUUUCCGAGUUCAAUUUGCCCUACGACAAAUUUCUGCGCACCACUGCUGAGAAAAAUGAAGGAUGGGUCCCCAUUUCCACCAUUGCUACCUUCAACAGAAUGAAGAAAUUUCGCCCUGUGGACAAAGUGGUUGAAACUUUGCGUACGUCUACCGUGCUGGAAGUAAGCGAAGACGGCGAAAACGUUAAGAGACGUGUGCCUUUGGAUCUUCAGCACGACGCCAAGCUCGAAAGAGGCAAGAGAACAGUCGUGGUUCAAAACUUCGACUUCUCCAAGAACGGUGAACACAAAUUGAGCGAAGAAGAAAAAACCGAACUCCAAGAAAACGUGGAAGGUUUCUUCGGUAAGCUUGGUUCCGUGAGCCAAGUCCGCUUGAAGAAAGACCAUCGCAAGAACUUCAACGGCACUGUUAUAGUAGAAUUUGCCGACGAAAAAGACGCCCAGCAAUUUGUGGACACCUAUGGGGCCGAUAAGGAAACGCUUUCGUUUGAAGGCCGUAAACUGGACGUUUUUUCCAAGAAGCAAUACGAUCAACAACGUGAGGCAACACGUAGUAAGAACUUCAGUGGUUCGGGCCAACGUUCCCGUUCUUUCACCGGUCACAGAAAGAACAUGCCCAAACAGAAGAGAUCGAGGGAUGCCCCAAAGGCUGAUGAAGAACAGUCCGAAACAACUCAAAAACAGAGUGAGGAACCAGUUGCUUCCGAGUCUGCUGUAGAGUAA